AAUGCUGGUGGGGAUGCUGGAUCACAUAGCUUGGCGACUUUUCAAAGAGAGAAUCCGCCGGUGUUUAAAGGGAAGCAUGAUCCAGAUGCAGCCUUGGGAUGGUUGAAAGAGAUGGAGAGAAUCUUCCGUGUUAUGGAUUGCACUCCAGCUCAGAAGGUUCGGUAUGGUACUCACAUGCUAGCAGUCGAAGCUGAUGACUGGUGGCUAGAGACUCACGAGAGGUUGACCGUGGCAGGUGAAGACAUUACUUGGGAUGUAUUCCGUAGGGAAUUUCUGAGAAAGUAUUAUCCGGAAGAUGUCCGUGGUAAGAAGGAAAUCGAGUUCCUUGAGCUGAAGCAAGGAAACAUGUCUGUCACUGAUUAUGCUGCGAAAUUUGUGGAGCUGUCCAAAUUUUAUCCUCAUUACACUGGUGCUGGUGCUGAAUUUUCAAAGUGCAUCAAGUUUGAGAACGGAUUGCGCUCUGAAAUUAAGAAGGCUGUUGGGUAUCAGAAGAUACGCAUUUUUACUGAACUGGUUGAUAGCUGCAGGAUAUUUGAAGAGGACAAUAAUGCUCAUUACAAGAUUGUCAGUGACCGCAAGGGAAAGCAGCAUCAAAACCGUGGCAAGCCGUAUGAUGCUCCAGUGGGAAAAGGGAAACAAGGAGCUGCUCCGGCUCAGAGGACUAGUAGGGGAGGUGCUCCUGCUGGUAUAGUUUGCUUCAAAUGUGGUCAGGCUGGUCAUAAGAGUAAUGUAUGCACUGCUGAAGUAAAGAGGUGUUUUCGCUGUGGUAAGACUGGUCAUGCAAUGGCUGAUUGCAAGCACAAGGAAAUGAUUUGUUUUAAUUGUGGCGAAGAAGGGCAUAUUGGAAGUCAGUGUCAGAAGCCAAAGAAAUCUCAGACUGGGAAGGUGUUCGCAUUGACCGGAACUCAAACCUCCUGUGAGGACAGACUUAUCCGAGGUACAUGUUUCAUAUAUGGUACUCCUUUAAUUACUAUUAUUGAUACCGGUGCUACCCACUGUUUUAUUUCUGCUAACUGUGCUCGAAGACUGGGUUUAAAAUUGUCCGCUUUGGAUGGUGAAUUGAUUGUUGAGACCCCAGCUAAGGGAUCAGUAACUACUUCUUUGGUAUGUUUAAAAUGUCCUUUGUCGAUCUUCGAUAAAGAUUUCUAUGUUGAUUUAGUAUGUUUGCAGUUGGAUGGGAUGGAUGUAAUUCUUGGUAUGAACUGGUUAGAGUAUAAUUAUGUUCAUAUAAAUUGUCAUCAUAAGUCGGUGAGGUUUUCCACUCCUGAAGAGGAAGGAGUUGACUUAUUACCUUUCAGAGAAUUGCGAAAAUUGAUGAAAGAGGGAGCUCAUAUGUUUUCUUUGAUGGCGACGUUGUCGGUUGAAAGUAAAGCUAAGAUAGAGGAACUGUUAGUGGUGAAAGAAUUCCCUGAAGUUUUUCCUGAUGAAAUUCCUAGAGAAAAGUGA